GUAUACAAGUAUGUCUUUCUGAAAACAAAUACAGCGAUAUAUAUAUAUAACUACAGGGAAACCAUGUCAGGUGAUGAUGUAUUUCGAAAUGCUAGUAGACAUAAUGCAUUUCGUGGAGUUUUAUAUAAAAAAAGUUAAAGCCAGCGAAAGCAGAAACCUAAAAUACCACAACAAGAAGCAGAGAGGAGAGGCAGAGAAAGCCAAUUCGUAUCACAGAACACAUCCAAAUUAUGAAAAUAGUUCCACAUCAAGACCAGCUCCAAUAUAUCCCCAAUAUUCAAUCACGGCGAGUUCACAUAUUUUAGAACCAAGUGAGAGAGCGUAUUAUACAUGUCCUCUAGAUGAAGGAUAUGGAAAUCUAGAAGAAGUUUCUGAAAACUAUUUUGACACAAACGUUCUUAUUGAAAAUGAAGAAGAAGAAGAAGAAGAAGAAGAAGAAGAAGAAGAAAUUCUUAUUGCAACUCCUCUUGAAUUGAAUUAUUUCGAGGUUCGUGACAAUAAUAGCAAUGUCUUUAAUUCUUCUUCACCUAAAUCUUCUACUACAAAAUCAGAUUAUAUAGAUACAUAUCAUUUUAGUGAUUCUGACAGUGACUCGGAUACAGAGGAGUUAUUUGACUUAUUUUCUGACUCUUCAUACGACGAAGGAUACUCUUCCCUAAUUUCACCUAUUUCAUACGAUUUUAAACUAUCGCCAGGCGGAAAUUUGCCCAACUUCGAGGAAAUUGUACCAGUUAAGAAAGAUAAUAAGUUGCUUAAACCUCCGGUAAAUCCGCUAGUUUCUAAAAGAGCCCCAACAGCAACAUCAACUUAUUCGUCAGAAUCAAAUAAUAAAGAAUCAUCAUUUAUUUUUGACAAAUCCCAUUCUUCAGUUACAGAUAAAGACGACCAUAAAAAAGAGAAAAGUGAGAAGUCAGUAACGGCCUAUGGAAAAAAGACUGAAACAUUUUGUUCAACAAAUAUUCAGACAGCAUUAUUAAGUAAAAUAACACCAGAUAGAAAAAGGAAAAAAAUACAAAUCAGUCCUUUUUACGACUUUCUUAAUAUGCAAUUACAAAGGAAAACUCUACAUACGGAAGUACCUGGGUCUAAAUCAGGACAUGACAGAGAUAUAGAAGUGGACCUUGAAAACUUUGAGACUGAAGUUGGUAAAGCGUUUGAAGAGUCAGUGAGUGAAGGAUCUUUAAUGCCAUUACUAAAACAGGAACUUCAAUGUAAAAUACAGGUCAGACGUUUAUCAAUGGGACAACCUGAGUUAGUGAUUGAACCUGAAGAGCCGAGGACAUAUAAACUUACAGAAGAUGAAAUAAGAAAGAAGCAAGCCCGUCUUGAACAAAACCGUAGAUCGGCAAAGAAAACUAGACACAAAGCAAGGAAAUAUGAACAGUAUCUUUUAAACGAAAUCUAUAAGGAAAUGAAAACACACGCAAAGCUGAGGAAAGAAGUUUCAAAAUUGCAGUCGUUGAGAGACGAGUAUAAAAAGAAAUUUGAUCUUCACAUGAUGUCUUGUACAGCAACAAGUUCAAGCAAUUAGUAUUGUCAGUCUCGUCAUAGCUUAAAGUUAGAAAAGAUGAUGAAAUAUUUAUAUAGAUGAAGUGUUAAUAGACAUUAUUAUGGUUUCUAUUUGAUUAAUCAAUCAGUUUUUAAUAUGAUAUGUAUGGAAAGUAUCCUGAUUAUACUAAAACGUUAAUGUACGAAUUUUAAUAUUUAUAGAGAUAUAUGUUUAAUUGAACUUUUUUUCUGUUGAUAACCACCUGUCAUAAAUAAAAAUAAACUUUGAUCCUGCAUUGAUUACUGCCUCAUUAUUUAAUCAAGUUGAAUAAUGAUCAAUUAUCUUCAUGCAACAGCUUUUUGUUCACCUUAUGACGUCUGAUAAAAUUCGUUAACAUAUAUAUUUAACAAUGAACUGAUAUAUUAAUAUUAAUUCAAAUAGUGGUACGUUUUCUAACAAAGCUGUUAUUUACCCAGAUAUUUUGAAAAUAUAUCUAAGCAUUGGAAAUUUGUGAGAAAUAAAAUCUUUGACCUUAUAUAUCGUAAGCCUUAUAUUUGUAAUUGAAAUAAAUAAUCUUAUAUGUAUAAUUCUAUUUUAAUACUUUGAUAUUAAAACAUAAAAUAUUACUUAAGUAAAAUGUUGUUGUUAUUUGUAUAAUACAAAAUGAAAAUAGGUAUCAGUUUCGUUCAUUUUAAUAUAACCACCAACAUUAUUAUUAUACAGUUUUAAGGGUCCUUGCUUUUUAUUUGUAAGAAUGAACAACAAUGUCUGUUGUAACUGUGAUACUUGAUUGUUAAAAAUAUACCUAAGGAUAUUUUUUUAUCAUUAGUAUUUUGUUCAUUUAAAUCAGAAGGCAAUUUGCUAUAAAUACUAUGCACCGGACGCCCGACAAAAAAUAAACGAAUGGAACCGACUAAAGAUGGUCUGAUACCUUUAUAGGUAUUUUUACAUUUAGAAAAGUUCCAUGUACUCUAUUGUCAAUCUUUGACUGGAUUCCAUGUAAGUAUGACAUAUCGACGGAUACGAAUCUUCUCCGUUUUUUGUUGUUGUUGUUUUUUGUGUGUGUAAUUCCCUUCAUUGAAGACCGCCCUUCUUUGUUGAUCUUGUUUUUCAUAUUUUAUCUAAGCCAGGCAGAGAUAGGUGGGACCAUUGGAAUGCUUCAAGCUAGGUGUUUCCUAGGUGUGUCCCAAGAAUGUGGUAUCGAUUCCUUACAAGUGAAAAUGUGUUACUUUUUAUGGAGUAUUUUCAUUGGUCUGCGAUUUUCACAGCAUAUAAAAUAAAAAAUUUGACAUAGUGUCUUGCUGGUCAUAAAUAAAAAUAAACUUUGAUCCUGCAUUGAUUAUUUCAAUUAUCAGAGUUCCUCAUUAUUUAAUCAAGUUGAAUAAUCUUCAUGCAACAGUUCACCUUGUGUCAUCUUCUAAAAUUCGUUUACAUACUUCAUUUUUAACAAUGAACAGAUUUAUUAAUAUUUAUUCAAAUUGUACGUUUUCUAAUAAAGCUGUUAUUUGCCCAGAUAGUACAAAUAUGCAUGCUUUCAUAAUGUAUAUUUUCUAAGAAUGGGAUGAUUGUGACAAAUCAAAUCUUUGACCUGAUAUUUCUUAUACCUUAUAUUUGUUAUUGAAAAAAUAAUCUUAUAUGUAUUAUUUUGUUUUUAAUACCUGCACUAUAUAAAAGUAUACAAGUAUUUAAGUAUAAUAUUGUAUUUUUUGUGUUUGCAAACUGCCUUUACAUUAAACCAAUAAAAAU